CACCGUCCCUCUGCAGCCGUCCUCUAAUUCCAUCUCCUGAUGCAGCCAGGCCCUGCAUCGUCCAGGCCUGCGUUAGCGUAUUGAUCUGACAUUUUAAUUUGCUAUAUUAGUUGCAGUCUGUGCAGGUUAGUUUCAGAGGACACGGCGGUGCAGCAGGGCUGAACAGCAGCCAUUCGAAUGGGUAACGUACCCACUACAGUGAAGCACUGCCUUAGCUAUGAGCAACUCAUCCAGGACUACCCGUGGCUGAAACGCUGGCUGCUGGAGGAAAAGACUAUUACUGGACAUGAGUAUCCAGAAUUUGUUAAAAUAGUUGAAGUAGGGCCGAGAGAUGGACUUCAAAAUGAAAAGGAAAUUGUUCCAACAGGGGUGAAAAUCCAGCUGAUAGACAUGCUCUCGGGAACAGGCCUGCCUGUGAUCGAGGCCACCAGCUUUGUCUCUUCAAAGUGGGUACCGCAGAUGGCAGACCACACUGAUGUACUCAGAGGAAUCCAGAGAGCGCCUCAUGUUCGGUACCCUGUUUUGACACCUAACAUGCAAGGCUUCCAGGAUGCUGUUGCAGCUGGUGCUACUGAAGUGGCGGUGUUUGGGUCAGCGUCUGAAACCUUCAGUAAAAAAAAUAUUAACUGCUCUAUUGAUGAAAGCAUGCUGAGGUUUGAAGAAGUCAUCAACACUGCUAAAGAACGGCAAAUUCCAGUCCGUGGAUAUGUCUCUUGUGCCCUUGGAUGCCCCCACGAGGGACAUAUGGAACCUUCCAAAGUCUCUGAGGUGGCAAAGAGGUUAUAUGAAAUGGGCUGCUAUGAGAUUUCCUUGGGAGAUACCAUCGGUGUUGGUACUCCAGGUUCCAUGUUCAAGAUGCUGCAGAGUGUAAUGAAGGAGGUGCCCGCACACGCCCUAGCAGUUCACUGCCAUGAUACUUAUGGACAAGCUCUGCCCAACAUCCUUACUGCGCUUCAGAUGGGGGUCUGUGUGGUGGAUUCUGCAGUAGCUGGCCUGGGAGGUUGCCCAUACGCUCAGGGUUCAUCUGGCAAUGUUUCAACAGAGGAUAUUCUCUACAUGCUGCAUGGCAUGGGCAUUGAAACUGGUGUGAAUCUUGCCAAAGUUAUAGAGGCUGGUGACUUCAUCUGCAAUGCUUUACGUCGCAAGACAAACUCCAAGGUUGCCCAGGCAAGAGGCAGAACACUUUGAUGUGUUUCUGUAAAGGAAUAUAUUUGCAUACUUGACCUUUAAAGUGCUUCCCCUGUUGUUGCUGCCUUCAGAUGUGUUGCCUAUGCUUCUUUUGAAAAAGAGGUCAGAAGUGUCUCAUCCUAAUAAAACAUACUGGCCUUUUUAAAAGCUGAAUUAUUCACUUCUAUUUCAUAUUCAUAUCUCAUAUUUAUUUGGCACAGACAAAUAAACCCAGUAAAGAUCAGUUACUUAAAACCUCCGUGAAAAUAAAGUGACAGAAUAAUAAUUUUUGUUUUAGCAACUCACUAAAGUCUAUUUAUUGUCACCUCACAGGUGUUUCACUUCACUCCUCCUCAGCUUUUCAUACUUCAGAUCCUGUGAGAAUAGCAACUCAAAACAAGACUCCUCUCAAACUAACACAAAAAUAAUAAAACCUGUCAAAAGAGUGUUUGCCCUCCGGUUAGCCUCAGAGUAUUCAAGAAGUGCCCCUUGAUCAUGUGUGUGCCAUUAAAAAGCUUUUACCAUGUAAUAAGCUACUGUCUGCGAGGAUUGUCUGUGUGGGUGUCUGUUUACAUCAUACUGUGCUGUCUGUGAAACAUAAUAAAAUAUAAACGCUAAUCAUAGAAUGGGACAUUCAUUUUUUAGGAAAUUCUAUCUUUUAAGGCAAGAUGUUAAAUAAUAAAUGUAGUAUGUAUUGUGGCAUCAUCAUCAGGUAAUUGUCUUUUCAUGUAUCCAUAUGCUGGAGGAUUAAGAUGAUCCAAAUAAAGAAAAAAGAACAAAAGUAA